AUGCAUCCCUCUCUUUCGCAAGGUGUUGGUUAUGGUGUAAUAGUUGGUCUAGGGGCAUUUUUCGCCGUUGUUAUGAACAUUGUUACUUUAAUACAGAAUAAGUUCUCCAGAAACAAGGUGGGCGGUGCAGAUGAGUUUACGGCUGCAUCUAGAAAUGUUCCGUUACCGCUGAUGAUCGUUUCCAUUGUAAGUACUUGGUGCUGGUCACUAACUCUUUUACAAUCUGCAACGGAAUCCUAUAGUUAUGGUGUUUCUGGCGGAUACUUGUAUGCUGUUGGUGGUGCUAUUCAAGUUUCUGUAUUUAGUAUAGUAGCCUCCAAGGUUAAAGCGAAUGCUAAUUUAGUGACCACUUUUCCAGAGGCUGGUCACUUAAGAUUUGGAACCGCGGGUCAUUUGACAUACUUGUGGUGUGGUUUAAGUUGUAAUACCAUCGUCAGUUCUGUUAUUCUUUUAGGCGGAUCUGCUGUCUUUAACGCUGUUACCGGUAUGAACAGCUAUGCCGCUCUUUAUUUAUUACCGAUGGUUUGUGCCGUUUACGUCUAUUUUGGUGGGUUGAGGGCAACUUUUAUUUCAGAUGCUUGCCAUACUUUUCCACUAUUAGUAUUUCUCAUCAUCUUUACAUUUGUUAUCUACUGCGGUGGUUCAAGUAAAAUUGGAUCACCAGGUAAAAUGUGGGAAUUGCUAUCUGAGGUGGCCCAUCACGAUCCUGUAGAUAGUAAUUACCAUGGAUCAUUUUUAACCUUUAGAUCCAAGGAUGGUGGUAUCUUUCUUUUCAUUACAAUUAUUACGGGGUUUGGUAUUGUUGUUCUUGAUCAAGCAUAUUGGUCAAGAGCCAUUGCCUCUCAAUCGUUAAAGACUUCAAAGGCAUACUUCAUUGGUGCAUGCUGUUGGUUCGUCAUCCCAUGGUCAAUGGGGCUUGUUCUUGGUUUGGGCGCUAGAGCUACCUCUUUAAUGCCUGGUUUCCCUUCCCUUAAUUCAGACGAAGUUACCGCUGGUCUUUCAGCCGUUGCUGGUGCAAGUUUCUUAUUGGGCAAAGCCGGCUCCACAAUGAUUCUGCUAAUGAUCUUUUUAUCGGUUACUUCCGCAUUCUCUGGUGAAUUGAUUGCAACUUCUACACUUUUAUCAUAUGACGUUUACAAGAAAUAUUUGAAAAAAGAUGCGACUCCACAACAAGUCUUAUUUGCAUCUAAAGUAUCAGUCUUCCUAUGGGCAGCUUUUGCAGGUGGCAUUGCUUGCGUUUUCCAAAAGAUUGGUAUAUCAAUGGGAUGGUUAUUCAACUUUUAUGGUUGUGCUACUUCUAGUGGUGUUUUCCCCGUUGCAUUAACUUUUACUUGGAGUAAAUUGAACAAAUGGGGAGCCGUUUCUGGUUGUCUAGCGGGAACAGCCAUCGCCUUGGCCGUUUGGCUUGGUACUUGUAAGGCCAUUAUGGGUGAAAUUAAUGUUGACAAUUUAUCCGAUAGGUGGGUUUCAUUUGCAGGUAAUGCAACUGCUCUAUUCUCUGGUGGUAUAAUUUCUAUUGUAGUGUCAUUAAUUUGGCCACAAGAGUUUGACUGGAAUGAUAUUAGAAACAAAAGUAUUUUAACCGCCAACGAGGAGAAAUUGAUAUAUGAGCAAGGAUCUGGUGAAGUCACUGAACUAGAAGAACACCAUAUAACUAAUCCUAAAGAUCAGAAGGCAGUUGAAGAAACCGGUCAACAUGGACAAUCGUUUACUUCAGAUUCGUCUAAAGAUGAUGAAGGUAAUGGAGAUGAUAUUUUAAAAGAAGAAGAACGUGAAGAAUACUGCGAUCUGGAAGGAAGUGAAUCACUUGAAGAAGUAGAGAUUAUCGACGUUCCUCAAGAAGAAAAUAUACCUUUAACAAAGUUGAACAAACAAUUCAAAGUAUUUUCUGGGCUAGCCUUAGCUUUUGCCUUUGCAGUUUCUGUCUGCAUACCUGUACCACAAAUUGCAGCACCUUAUGUCUAUUCGAAGGGAUUUUUCACAUUUGUAGUGAUUGCCAACAUUAUUUGGCUGUUCAUCACUUUCAGCGUGUGUGUGAUUUGGCCACUAUUUGAAACUAGAAAGUUCAUUUAUGGCUUGUUCAAUAGAAAAAAAAAAAUAAGGAAUAAACUGAAUUUGCUUCUAGCGGAAAUCGUAAUGGUUUUGAGGUUAGAAUCAGAAUAG